UUCAUGGAAUAAUUCUGUAAUAUAUUUUUUUAUGACAGGACUUGAUGCUAACCAUGUUUUCAACUCAACAUGACUAUCUGGAUAAUGGACCAGAGAAAAUUCACAGCUUAAAAGUCGGAAUGCCUAACACUCGCUUGCAGCAGAAAUGUGCUGAACUUGUUCACAAAGCAUCGCUUUCACUUCACAAAUUAGAUCAGAGCGGGUAUGCAUUAAGAUAUGGACCAGAACCAGGCUCGGAGAUAUUCCAGCGAGAAGUAGCCAAGUUCCUUACAGAGCAGUAUGGGGACACUGUGAAUCAUGAAGACGUGUGGGGAAAUGCUGGUGCCUCACAAGGCCUUGCAUUCAUGGGAAGCGCUCUCUUUCAAUCAGGGGAUGUGGUGUUUGCCGAGGAGCCAAUGUACUACCAUAGUCUAGGCAUCCUGAGAGUUGACCUGAAAAUGAAAGUCAUUGGCGUUCCAUCUGAUAAAGAUGGAAUAAUUAUUGAGGAGCUUGAAAAGCUGCUGAUGGAGUAUUCUAAUGAGCUGCCGCGACCGACAAAGAAGAAGCCGUUCUCUGCUAUGCUGUAUUGUGUGCCCACAUACAACAACCCAACUGGCUCCUCUCUUCCAGUAGAGAGAUGCAGGAAGGUUAUUGCAUUGCUCCGAAAGUAUAACUUGCUAGCUUUUUGCGAUGAUGUCUACAAUUUGUUAUCAUACACAGAUGACAAGCCGCCCCCUCAAAGGCUGUUUGCGUUUGACGACAAGUCUAAUGCUGAUUACAAAGGAAAUGUCAUUUCCAAUGGUUCUUUUUCAAAAUUCCUUGCCCCGGGGUUGCGUCUUGGGUGGAUGGAACUCCCUGAACGAGUGCGCAUGCUCUUGAACACAAGUUCUUACUCCAAAGGUGGUGGGUGUUUUAACAACUAUACCUCGUGUAUUAUCGCUGUGGCCUUGCGAGAGGGCUUGGUUAAGGAUCAUUUGUUGAUGGUUCGAAAAGUUUUCCACUCCCAACGUAACGCAUUGUGUGAUGCCCUUGUCAAGUAUAUCCCUGGGAAAUGUUCCUAUCAAAAACCCGAAGGGGGUUAUUUUGUGUGGGUUACUCUUCCUUCAGAAGUCGACUGUGAAAAAUUGUAUGAAAUUUGUCGCAAAAAGUAUUUUGUAGAGUUCAACUACGGCUCAAGGUUUGCUGCUAGUGUUGGAAAGUUUACAAAUUGCAUGCGAUUGAGUUUUUCAUUUAAUGAAUGUGAUAUAAUUGAACAUUGUGUGAAACAAAUAGCACUGGCCUUGAAAGAACUUCUGAAUCAUGCUUAAUGGUUGAGGUGACUGCUUUAGUUUCUUAGUCAAUAUACAUACCAUUGUUAUUGGUUAGAUCAAUUUCGGUGGCUUGGUAGCACGCAACCAGUCUUAAACUUAAAUUGCCGGUACAAUUGAAUUUCAUCGUUAGAAAUUAAAACAAAAUCCCAUAGGAAAGCGAGCAAUGUCAGUUUUUAGAGGACAAAAACCUUGUACCAGAAUGAUUUUAAGUAUAUUAGGGUCCUUUUUGCAGUUUUCUAAAAGCUAAAGCCGGAUAUAAAUAGUUGCCUGAAAUAACACCGAAAACAAUUUCCCAUGUAAACUCAAC